UACUCCUGGUCUACUUUCCCUGAAGACUGAAGAUGUCUGCCUUCAAGUUCACCCUGCUGACCCUGCUGCUGGUGUCUGCCUGCUGGGCAGAGGAGGAGACAGAGAGUGUGGAGGACCAAUCAGAUGAUAUGUCUGUGUCUGCCCUGCUGGAGAGAGCCAAUGAGAACAUGACCCCUGACUUGGAUAUGCCUAUCCUGAUGGACGGUGACAUCGCUGUGGAAUCUGAGGCUGAGAGGAACGCUGACCCCUGCACCUCCAGUGGCUGCAUGUGGGGAAAGUGGACCGACGGAAAGGUCUACAUUCCCUACGCCAUCUCCAAUCAGUACUCUUCCAGGGAGAGGUCCAUCAUUGAGAGAGGUCUGGAGUCCUUCUCCUCCUUCUCCUGUAUCCGCUUCAGACCCCGUCGCAGCAAUGACAGGGACUACCUCAACAUCCAGUCUAAAAAAGGCUGCUACUCCUUCGUUGGUCGUCGUGGUAAUGCUCAGGAGUUGUCUCUGGCUCGCAGUGGCUGCCUGUACCACGGCACUGUUCAGCAUGAGCUUCUGCACGCCCUGGGCUUCAACCACGAGCAGACCCGCUCUGACAGGGACAACCACAUUAAGGUGUUGCUGCAGAACGUCCAGUCUGGCAUGGAGCACAACUUCAGGAAGAUCGCCACCCUGAACCAGGGCACCUCCUAUGACUAUGGCUCCGUCAUGCAGUACCACAGGACUGCCUUCUCUAAGAACGGCCAGCCCACCAUGGUGCCCAUCCCCAACAGCAACGUUGCCUUUGGCCAGGCCAAAGAGAUGAGCAGGAAUGACAAGGCCAGGCUCAACACGCUGUACAAGUGCUAAGGAAAUCAAAUGGGCACAAACAUCAACACCGUAUUGGAUGCUUCCCCCUGCAAGGGUAUUACCACAAUCGUGACUUGCCGAAGCCCAGGAAUCUGCCAAUAGGCUACACCAAGGGGAAGUCGAUCCUGACCGUGUCUCAAAUCAUCUCUGUUGCAUGUAUUCAGUUUCAUCUUCCUGGACUGAACUUCUAUCCCCCUAUGAGUUUGUGUCAUGACUUUGAUCCAACAAUAAACUUUGUACCAAACUGAA